AGGCUCUGUGGGAGACCAGGAUAAAGAAAAGCAAAGAGGAUCUGAAGAGAGAGAAGGAUCAGAAAGACAGAGCGGCUGUAGGGAGGUCCUGGUGCUCCGGUUUCUUCCCACAAUGCAGCCAAUUUUGAGCUACUAAAAAUUACCGUGUGAAUGUGUGUGUGCUCGGUGAUGGACUGAUGAGCGUUCCUGCCUUCUUCCAAUAAAUCGGACCCAUUGCCAACCUGACCAUGAUAAAGCGGUGGUAAAACAGACAAUAAAUGAACUUAACCAUUAGGAGUUUGUCCACAUACUGUAAUUUUGGCACUGUAGUGUAUCUGGUCAAUAGUAGCCAUUAUCCCAGUAUGAAUUUGGACUAUAAAAUCACUAAAAAUGAUAAAUACACAAAUCAAUUUCCAUGUUAAACAUUUGUUUGUCAUUUAGGUUGGCAGGGGCAUGGGAGGACCGGAUUACCCUGGCCAAGCUGAAGGAAAAAGUAGUGACGGAGGAUGGGCGGGUCAUCCUACGCAUUGAAAAUGAAGAGUGGAAGACUCUUCCUGCAGCUCUGGUUCAGCUCUGUCAGAUCCAGGAGUGGCAGCUUCAUCGUACCGGGCUUCAAAAAAUCCCACACUUCAUCUCCAGCUUCCAGAGCCUCAUCGUGCUCGACCUGUCCCGGAAUGCCAUCACAGAAAUACCUAAAGAAAUCGGUAAGUUAACCCGGUUACGAGAACUGCUGGUGAGUUAUAACAGGCUGAACCGUGUUCCUGAUGAGCUGUGCAGCUGUGAGAGUUUAGAAAAACUGGAACUGGCAAUGAACCGGGAUCUGGAUGAGCUGCCACAACAGUUAAGCAAUCUGAAGAGACUGCAGCAUCUGGAUCUUUCCAUGAAUCAGUUCACCACGAUUCCAGACUGUGUGGUGAGUCUUCCAGCUCUCGAGUGGUUGGAUAUGGGUGGAAACAGUCUGGAGAGUUUACCAGAGGACAUCCACAGGAUGGAGAAGCUGCACACGUUGUGGCUCCAGAGAAAUGAGCUGGAAUAUCUACCGGACAUCAUCAGCCGCAUGCAGAACCUGGACACGCUGGUGCUCAGCAAGAACAAGCUGAAAGACAUUCCUCCACUUAUGGAGGGCAUGACCAAUCUCAGGUUUGUGAAUUUCAGAGACAACCCGCUGACCUACGACGUGACCCUGCCCGAUCCAAAGGAGGACGUGGACGAGGAGGAGAGCGACAGGGAGAUGUUCGGCCGAGAGUUUAUGCACCAUUACAUCCACGAGGCUCGCAAAAGAGGCUCUCAGACCUACACGUCAGUGCUAAAUGUAACGCUGGAUGGCGCGCUAGAGGUGCCACCUACGUUGUGAUUCAGUCCUGCAUGCUGACGGCUAUUUGUCCUGCUGUCCUACGUCCAGAUGUUCCCGUCCCGUCCUGCACAGCUGUGUUGCGCCGGUGGAGUACUGCGCGCUGUUUCGCUUUCUGUGCCGUUUCCACUGCUUCUGUCUUGAAUGUGUUUAAAUGUGUAAAAAGAAUCGAGAUCAAAAGAAACUUGAAACACGCUCCUGAGUGUUUGGUCUUCGUUGGAUGUGUGUUCGGUCUGGAUGUUUUUAUUGGGGAACGGCAGUCAGGAGCACGUUCUCUAGAGACACGUCUCUGCUGGUGUAGUACCUAAGGCUGGAUUUGAAUCCUUUCUGCUGGAGGUAAUGCAGCCUGCCGUGAUCGAUCAGCAGCUUGCAGAGGCGUCCGACGUGCUCGCGCUCGUCCGCUGAAACCAGCGCACUGCAGGAACAGAAUAGUUCAAUCAUCAAACCAUUAUUAACAUAGGAAGGUUAAUUAAAAUGUAA